AUGGCUUAAUACUUUGAAACAUCAGACAAAAGAGGUGAACUUCUUGAAUUAGCUUAAGAUUUAGGUUCAAAUUCUUAUGAAAAAAAGAAAGAAGCAGUAAAAAAGAUAAUAGCUUAAAUGACAGUUGGAAAAGAUGUAUCUCCAUUAUUCCAAUCCGUAAUAAAAUGUUUAGAAUAUCCCUAAAUCGACAUGAAAAAGCUAGUAUACUUAUACAUCAUAAAUUAUUCCUAAAACAGUCCAGACGAUGCUAUUAUGGUAGUAAAUCUAUUCACAAAAGAUGUAAAAAACAAAUAAAACCCAAUAAUAAGAGGAUUAGCAGUAAGAACAAUGGGCUGUAUUAGAGUUCCUAAAAUAAAUGAAUAUUUAGCUUAACCUUUAAAAGAAGCCUUAUAGGACACAGAGCCUUAUGUAAGAAAAACAGCAGCUCUAUGUGUUUCUAAAGUAUAUGAAAUUACACCUGAUAUUGUUGAAAAUAAUGGACUUAUUGAUACUUUAUAGAAUAUGUUGACAAAAGAAGGAAAUGUUCAUGUUUUGGUCAAUUGUUUGAUUUCUCUUAAUGAAAUGUCGUAUUAUAGAGGUACUAAUCUAAUCACUGUUACUUAAAAAGUUCUUUAAAAAUUACUGGUUGCUGUUAAUGAUUGCAGUGAAUGGGGAUAAAUUGUUGUUAUGGAUUAUUUAGUUAAUUAUAUUCCGGAAAAUUCUAAAGAAGCUGAAAGUGUUAUAGAAAGAGUUCUUCCUAGAUUAUCACAUAUAAAUCCUGGUGUAGUGUUAGGAUCAGUGAAGGUCAUUUUAAAAUUUUUAGAUUAUGUAACAUCAGUUGAAAUAGUAAAGCAUUUAACAGGAAAAAUAGCUUAAAAUUUAGUUUCAUUACUUUCAUGGAAUCAACCUUAAAUAUAAUAUGUAGUUUUGAAAUGUUCAUCUCAUAUAUUACAAAAGAAGCCAGGUUUAAUGGAAAAAAACAUAAAAGUAUUCUUUUGUAAUUUUAACGAACCAUACUAUAUUAAGAAUGAAAAACUAGAUAUAUUAGCAUAAAUAUGUGAUGAUAAAAACUAUGAAUUAGUUCUGAAUGAAAUAAAAGAAUAUGUAAAUGAACCUGAUACAGAUUUCGUAAGACGUUCUAUAAGCUCAUUAGGAAAAAUAGCAAUUAAAUUUGAUAAAACGGUUGAUAAAAUUUUAGACAUAUUAUUAGAAUAAAUAAAAUAAUUAAAAGAAAAUCAAAGAAGUUAAGAUCCUUUUGUAUAGGAAAUACUAAUUACUAUUUAAAAAAUAUAUAGAAAAUAUCCUUAAAAAAUUACUUAUCAAAACAGUUUAGAUACUAUUAUUAAAAUUUCUGAUUUAGCUAAUGAAGAAAUAUCUAAAGCUGCAAUUGCUUGGAUUUUAGGUACAUAUGCUGAGCAUAUACCAAAUGUAAUAGAAUUAAUAAAUGCUAAAAUUUCAAACUUUUUAUAAGAACAAAGAGGUGUAUAAUUAGAAAUUUUAACCGCAGCAGUUAAAAUAUUAGUAAAAUACCCUGAUGAUGGUAAAUAUUUUAUUUAAAAUUUACUUGAAUAAGCUGCUUAUAAGACUGAAAAUCCUGAUGUUCGUGAUAGAGCGUUUAUUUAUUGGAGAAUGCUCUCUUCAGAGCCCGAAAAAACAAGAGAAACUAUUUUAUGUAAAAUGCCAAUAAUAAUGGAAGAUUAAUUCAUCUACGAUACUGAAUAUUGUGAUUAAAUGGUAGAAAGUUUAGGUUUACUUUCUGCUGUUUAUGGAAAAACUGUAGAUGAAAUGUUCCCUAGAAGAAAAAAAUAUUAAUAAGCAAAAGAAGCUUAAUAAAAUAAAAAAGAAGAAAAGAAAAAACAAGAAGAAAAAAUUAAAUAAGAUAAUUAAGAUGAAUCUCCAGUACCUGAAAAAGAUUCCACGAAAUUCGCUACAAGCAACUAACCUCCUUUGCAAACUGCACCUCCUUAACAAACUGCUCCUCCUGCCUAAAAAUAAUUAGAUUUAUUAGAUAUGUUCGAUGUAGUAUCUUAAUAAUAACCUUAAUAAUAACAAUAACCUUAAUAAUAAUAAAUUUAAUAAUAACAAUAAACUAAUGCAGGAAAUUUAUUAGAUUUAUUAGAUAAUGACUUAAUGUCAAUAAAUAAACCUGUUUAAUAAUAACAAUAAUAGCCAAAUGUUUCUAAUAAUAAUGAUGAUUUUGAUUUGUUUGGAAAUUCUCCAGAAAAACCAAAAUAAAAUUAAUAAGAUGAACCCAAAUAUAAUGUUGUCAUAACUAGUGAUACAGCCGGAACAAACGGAAAAAAAGGACUUUAUUUAGAAGCUGAUAUAUUCAAUUAAAAUAACACAUUAGUAUUAAAAAUGAGAAUUUAGAACUAUUCUUAAAAUCCCAUAAACGAGUUUUUAUUGCAAUUAAAACCUAAUUAUUUUGGCCUUAAAAUAGAUUCUAGUCCUUAAGUAAAUGCUUUAUAAAACUAAAUAUAAGAAGUAUAAACUACUUUAAGUUUUUCUGGAAAUCCAAAUCUUUAAUAGGUCCCUUAAUACCCAUUUAUACUUGUUUUUGGAGUAAAAUCUUCAGUAGAUAUUUACUAUUUUAAUGUUUAAAGUAAUAUUGUUUUCUUAUUGAAUUCUACAGGAAAUAUCAGUAAAGAAGAAUUCAGAAAUACUUGGAAAUCAAUUCCAGAUGAUUUGUAAAAGAGCCAUAAUGUAAACUUACUAAAUUAGAGCUUUUUUAAUUAAGAUAAUCUAAUUAAUAAACUAAAGAGUAAUAAUAUUUAUUUUUUGGCUUCAAAAAAUAGUGGAAAUUAGAUUUAAAGUUAUUAUGCGUCUAGAUUUAAUAAUACUACUAUUUUAUUUGAAGUUAAUAUUCCUAAUAAUAAUGAUUAAAGUGGGGCUUCGGUUGGGUGUAGAAGUACAGAUAAUAACUUAGGAUAAAUUUUUGCUUAGUAUGUUUGUGAAUUAUUAUAAUGA